UGCAAGGUAUAUCGUACGUCAGCGGCUUUCUACUGAGGGGAAAGGGGAGGCCGUAGUAGUGAAAAGGGGGAGAACGACCGCUGGCAAAAGGCAAUAUUCGCCGACGCAAGCACGCGCUCUGCCUAAGGCUCCGCGGCUCCACAUAGCGCUUCCUCUCUUCACGCACACAUCCAUCCGGUCUAAGUAAUACGAUGGCGGAUACGGCAACUGACAACCAGCCGGAACCAGCGCCGCCCACGGACUCGGCCAGCGCCGACAAUUUCGGUGAUCUACUGGCGCAGCUACUGCAGUCACUGCCCGCUGAGGCGUCGCGGCUCUUUCUCAUGGCACUCAGUGGACUCUCUCCGAGCGAGAGCGCUGAGCUCUGUCGCUAUGUCGAUCGCCUGCGCGAUGAGAAGCAGUUUCGCGUGAUUAAGGCCAUGGCCGAGUCCACCGUCGAGGGCAAAAAGAAAUUCAUCCUAAACCUGCGUAAGAAGUUUCUCGUGCAGCAGGCCAAGCUGGCCGAAGUGCAGGUGCAGGAGGAGCAGAACAUGGAAUCCCAUCUCAAGCGCAAGCAGGCACUUAACGGUGCGUUCGCUGUUCUUUCCAUGUUUUAUAUUCUUUGUGACAAUGGAUUGGUUUUAUGGUGUAUCUGCUGCAGCUGCCAGCCGCGUCAAAAUGCUGAAUGGUGGCGCCAAUAAAUUCCAUUCGUUUAAUGCGGUGGUUGGCCCCGAUGGCAAGGAAAAUGAUGGCCAAAAACUGACGGCACAGCUCUUAGCCGGUAUGCCUAACGCGGAUGGUGUCGUCGUUGGCCGCUCGCUGUCUUCGUCGUCUGUAGUGAUCUCCAAGGAAGAUAUCUCACAAGUAGGACGUCUACUCAGCAACUCGCACAUUGGCGACUCGGAGAUGAAUCUGCGCGAAUUGGAAAUUAAUAAGAAGGGGUUCAUCCCGGGCGAUAAGAGCGCAUCGACUUCUACACAGAACGACGACAUUUCGAUGUCCAAGCGCGACCGGCCUCAAAGCAGCCGAGCGCUUGUUGAAGGCGAACAGAAGCCCACACAGCGCGCACGUCCCGACGUAGACACGCCUGUUACUGUCAACAGCGAGAACGCUGAGAACUCCAACGGAAACACUGAGCCCGUGGAAGACCCCGAAGCUCCAACCACCAAGCGCUGGACUAAGAGCCAGGAUGCGGCACUGCGUGAAAGUGUGCGUAUCCAUGGUGAAAAGAACUGGAAAGCUAUUGCUGAACUGGUACCUGGUCGUAACCACGCCCAGUGUUUGCAGCGUUGGCGCAAGGUUCUGAAGCCUGGCUUAGUGAAGGGUCAUUGGUCAUUUGAAGAGGAUCAAGUGCUGGAGUAUCUGGUCACCCAGGGCUGUAACAACUGGGGGCAGAUUGCUGAGCGUAUUCCUGGACGUACGCCCAAGCAGUGCCGAGAACGAUGGAAGAAUCAUUUGGAUCCGGCCAUUAAUAAGGGCCCCUACACCGAAGAGGAAGAUUCCGUGAUCCUGACUGCACAGGCACGGCUCGGCAACAAGUGGUCGCAGAUUGCACAGCUUCUGAAGGGACGCACAGAGGACUCUGUGAAGAUUCGCUGGAAGUCGCUGAAGCAGAACCCGAGCAAAGCUGCAGCAUCCCACGCCCAGCACAAGAAGAAUCAGCAGCAAGCUCAGGCUGCUGCGGCACAGCAGGCGGCAAUGGGUUACAACAACUCGGCACUGAUGCGGCAGCGUCAGAUGCAACUUUUACAACAACAACAGCACCUCCAGGCGCACAAUGCCGAAGCGGUGCAGCAGCUCGACCAGCAGCAACAGAUGCAGCAGAUGCGUCUUCACGAAAAGAUAAUGCAGCAGCAGAUGCAACAGGGCCAGCACAUUAGCCAUGUUGCCAUGCUUACAGAAGAUCCCAAGGCAGAACCAUACCAGCAAAACCGUGCUAUGCUCAUGGGCCACUCGCCUGCUGGUGAUCCGAAUUUGUACGCUGCUGCUGUGUAUGCCCAGCAGGCUUAUGUCGCUCCGCAACAAUAUGAGGGCCAGGAUUACGUCGCCAACAAUGGCUAUGACCCACGGUAUUACGAACGACAGACGUCCACUGGCGUCUCUAACCAAGGUGCAUCUCCUGCACACCAGACCGACCACCAGCAGCAACAGAAUGGCGGUGAGACUUGGCUCCAGCCUUCAGCACCCUCCGCAAACAGUGAGAUCGACCAAGACGGGAUGCCUCGGAUAGCUGAUAACCAGCAACAACAAGCUCAGCAGUCUCAGCAGCCUGGCGCCAACGGUCAGGGCAUGUGGGACCCGUACCCACGACAGGAUGCGGCGCAACUGAGCCCGUUGAGCCUGCAGGUGAGUGAAUUUCUUUUCUAAGAAGGCCGCACGCCGCGUUGGCGUCUACUGCUGGCGGAUGAAGCGAGCAGGGCAGGCUCGUCCUUACGAGGACACUUUGAGCUUGAAAAUGGUUGCUGACGGCCGAUCGCGUGCAUUUGCAGGCGUUGUUGCAAGAUCCUGCACGAGCUGGCACAUUGGAUUCAAGUUUUUACCAGACGGUGGAGCAGCAGCCGGCGGAAGCCGUGACGUACGAAAUGGGUGCCUCGAACUUCGGCGGCACUCCGAACAUGGCGUUUCCGCACACGCAUGCACUGUAGUACAGGAGUAGCGAGGGAGAUGCUACUACUACUAAAUCUCCGCGUAGGUAUGUAUAAAGGAAAUAUAAAGGAAGUGUCGUUUGCGGGGUUACCAUG